AUGCCCCCGGUUGCCUUUCCAGCCUCGCUCUGUCUCGCAAAACGAUUCUUCCGCUCCACCACAGCACUCAGCUCGGACUUUUCCCAUAUAGUCAUCGGAGGCGGCAUAGUCGGCGUCGCGACGGCAGCUGAACUCCAACAAGAACCCAGCAACAGGGUCCUCCUAGUGGAAAAACAUGGCGCGUUAGCUCAAGAGACCACCUCGCGCAACAGCGAAGUGAUCCACGCGGGGCUCUAUUACCCUCCCACGUCGCACAAGGCCCAGAUGUGCAUCGCGGGCAAGAACAAGAUUUACGAUGCUUGCAAGCGGGGCACGUUCCAAGUUAGUUUGCAGCGGUGCGGCAAGUGGAUCGUGGCUCAGCUGGAGGCGGACGAAGAGUACUUGGGGAAACUAGCGUCGAAUGCGCGAGAGUUGGAUGUGCCUGUUGAAAUGGUCUCCGUAAAGAAGGCAAAGCGGGAUUAUCCUUUGAUUCGAGCCGAGCGGGCCAUUUUGGAGAGUCCUACGACGGGGAUCAUCUCUGCUCAUGAUUUGGUGAUGUUCCACGAGGCGAGGUUUGAGAACUCGGACGGCACGGUGGGAUUGAAUUCGAAAGUGACGAAUAUAGAAUAUAAUCAGGGAAAUAGUAACUAUACCGUGACCAUGGAGACAGACGGCGAAGAAAUAGAGUUAACCACGGAUAACGUGGUCAAUUCCGCUGGUGUUUUCGCGGCAGAGGUUGCCAAUAUGGUGUUACCGGAACCGCGCCAAUAUGAGUACUAUUUCGCCAAGGGGAACUAUUUCAGCUACACACCGGAACAGCCAUUGCGGCAGAAAAUCACCGACAAGUUGAUUUACCCGUGUCCCAACCCCAACGCGUCAUCCUUGGGGACCCACCUCACGUUUGAUCUUGGGGGCCAAUUGAGGUUUGGACCGGAUUUGGAAUGGCUAGAUAUCACCAAACCCGAGGAGAUCGACUAUACCCCCAACGCCAAGAACCUCACGCCAGCAUACGAGGCCAUCAAGACGUAUUUCCCUGCUAUAACUGAAAAUUCACUCGUGCCGUCGUAUUCGGGGAUCCGCCCCAAACUUUUGUCCCGCGAGCAAAGCCAACUGCAAUUUGCAGAUUUCGUCAUCAAGGAAGAAGAAGGGUUGCCCGGGUUUGUGAAUUUGUUGGGUAUAGAAAGUCCCGGGUUGACUUCAGCAUGGGCCAUAGCGGAGCACGUAAAGAGCAUAUAUCACAAAUAG